UGACCCGUCCCUCUGCCAAUUUUUCCGCAGAAGACUGCAGGGGCUGUUCCCGGAUGAGUGGGCCUAGGGUCUUGAGACAGUGUGAGGCCAGAUUUAGUAUAUGACAAGGUCAGGGGACUGUCCAGAUAUGAGUAGCCAGACAAGUUCUUCCAAACUAGCCAUCAGCCUUCCCUUCUGGGGACUCCUGGAGAUCUGGCCUGCAGCCUCUACUUCCCAAAUGGAGAAACUGAGGCCCAGAGAGGGUGAGCCUCGGCCCAGGGUCAAGCUGAGACCGGGCCUCCUCUUCCCCACAGUGCCCCCAGACGCAGAGUCCUCCCUCUCAACUUCCAUCCUUCAUCCCCUCCUGAAUCUCUUCUAACAAGCCCCGCCCCCAAAAGCAACCUAGGCCGCGCCCCCUGGUUAUGCUAAUUAGACUCCGCGAGUCCCCGCCCCACGGAGUUAUGCAAAUUAGGCUCCUGGUGGCUCCCUCGCGGAGUCUGCGCCUCGCGGCCGGGCCGAGCCGGGCCGGACAGACAGCAUCUCCCAUCUCUACGUCUGCCUGCCAGGCCAGCCGUCCGUCUGUCUGUCCCUCCUCGCCCGUGACGUCUAGGCCGAGCGGGGGGCGCAGGUAGCGGCGGCCUCGACCCGAGUGAGCCGCCUGGAUGGGAGCCUGGACCCACAGUGCCUACCUCUGCCUGCCUGGGCCUCAGUUUCCACAUCCGUGCAAUGUGGGUAACCAUCCCUGCCCUGCUGGUGGCCAGGAGCGGCUGUGAGUCUGUGGGCGUGGCGGCGGCCUGUGGGAAGCCAUAGGCUCUUUCACAGGCCCUGCCUUCACCAUGGCGGGAGGGAGACCCCAGCUGAAGAGGAGUUUCUCCAUCAUUCCCUGCUUUGUCUUCGUGGAGUCGGUGCUGCUGGGCAUCGUGAUCCUGCUGGCUUACCGCCUCGAGUUCACGGACACCUUCCCUGUGCACACCCAGGGCUUCUUCUGCUACGAUAGUACCUACGCCAAGCCCUACCCGGGCCCUGAGGCUGCCAGCCGAGCGCCUCCCGCACUCAUCUACGCUCUCGUCACCGCUGGGCCCAUCCUCACGAUCCUGCUGGGGGAGCUGGCCCGUGCCUUCUUCCCUGCACCACCCUCAGCCAUCCCCGUCAUCCGGGAGAGCACCAUCGUGUCGGGGGCCUGCUGCCGCUUCAGCCCCCCCCUGCGGAGGCUGGUCCGCUUCCUGGGGGUCUACUCCUUUGGCCUCUUCACCACGACUAUCUUCGCCAACGCGGGGCAGGUGGUGACCGGCAACCCCACGCCGCACUUUCUGUCAGUGUGCCGCCCCAACUACACGGCCCUGGGCUGUCCGCCACCCUCGCUGGAGCGCCCAGAGCCCGACCGCUUCGUCACGGACCAGGGUGCCUGCGCCGGCAGCCCCAGCCUGGUGGCUGCGGCGCGCCGUGCCUUCCCCUGCAAGGAUGCCGCCCUUUGCGCCUACGCGGUCACCUACACGGCGAUGUACGUGACACUCGUGUUCCGUGUGAAGGGCUCCCGCCUGGUCAAACCCUCACUCUGCCUGGCCCUGCUGUGCCCUGCCUUCCUGGUGGGCGUGGUCCGCGUGGCUGAGUACCGCAACCACUGGUCGGACGUUCUGGCUGGCUUCCUUACCGGGGCAGCCAUCGCCACCUUUCUGGUCAGCUGUGUCGUGCACAACUUCCAGAGCCGGCUGCCUUCUGGCCGAAGGCUCUCCCCCUGGGAGGACUUGGGCCAAGCCCCCACCAUGGAGAGCCCCCUCGAAAAGUUAAGUGUGGCCCAGGAACCCGAGGCCUGCAGGCCGCAUUCGACACCGGCACGGCUCACCCCAUCCAAGCCGCAGAACUGCACCCGCCGUGGCCACCUGAUCCCCAGCUGCGUGUCCUCCAGGGCUCCAGCCAUGUGUUCGUCGCCCCGUGUGCCGCGCCCUCGGUUGAGGUCUGAGCCGACACCGCUGCCCCUGCCCCUGCCUCUGCCUGCACCAGCUCCCAGCCAGGGCCCCUCACCCUCCUCCCCGGGGCCUGGGGGGCCAGGUGGGGGAGGCGGACGUGGUCGGAAGCUGCUGCUGCCCACACCUCUACUGCGGGACCUGUACACCCUGAGCGGACUCUACCCCUCCCCUUUUCACCGGGACAACUUCAGCCCUUACCUAUUUGCCAGCCGUGACCACCUGCUGUGAGGCCCCACCACCCACCCAGAACCUACCCGCUCCCCAUUUCUCCCCUGCCACGCGUGUGUGUGCGUGUGCCGUGUGAGUGCCAAAGCCCCCUGUCCCCAAACCAGCCAGGCCCAGAUAUCAGCCUGGCUGGGAGGACAUUAGGGGGACCCUCCGCCUCUCUUGUCCUCUGGGACCAUCCAAGGGGCAUAACUAGGAGGUGGGCCUCUAGGGUGGCUCCUUUAAGAGCCAAAACCUGACCCUAUUGGCCACUGCCAGCCAGUGGGGACCCCCAGUUCUCAGAAUUCUAACCAAAAGGACUUUACUUCAGCCAAUGGGAACCUCCCCCAUCAAUUCUUAGAAUCUCAGGCAGGAGGGCAACUCCAGGCAGUGUUCAGCGUCUGAACAACCAGUAGGAGUCCUUGGUUUUCAGAAUUUCUAAGGUGGGUGGGUAUGAUUCCAGUCAAUGGGGGACCGCCAACGUUGUAGCACGUGCCAAGGAGAGGAGGAAGG